UAUAAAUAUGAUUGACAUGGCUGAGCAGUUUGUCAAUCAAAAUUCGUAUGGCAUAUAGCAAACAACACGGCAUUAUGCUGCUCAAACUGCUGCUGGUCACACUGCUGCUCUGCUGUCUGCUAGGAGUGGAAGCGAAGCCUCAGUGGCUGGCCGUAGCGCCUGCCAACUAUGCGACGCCAGGCGGUGGUGUGUGGUUGAGUGGCACAGCUGCAACAGCGGCUUAUUAUCCGGCAUAUGCGGCGUAUACGUAUACACCGGUGUAUGGCGCAUACGCCACGUAUCCCUACUACACAUAUCUGCGUCGAUGAGUGCCAGAUUAUGCAUAAUCUCUCUCGCUAGUGUAUUGUGCAUUUAAUUUAAGCCAGCAUAUGUGUUUUAUACAUCAGACUAAAUUGAUUAAAUUUUAAUAG